UAAGUGCUUCGGGGAUAAAAAAGCAAUUUAAAUUUUAAUUUACCACAUUGUAUUAACCAUAUUCUUCUUAGCGUUUUCUGUUGCCUUCAGUUGACUAAUGGAGUGAUGUUUUGGUUUGCAAUAGAUCGAAGAACUAGAAGGGUAUCUUGAGCAGCUGAAGGCAGACUUACGAGUGGCUCAGCAAAGGCAUCAGGCGGCCGUAGAGGAGGUGGGUACGCCUGUAAGAUAUUACACGACUUGAUGUUUUCCAAACGGGCAUUCAUUUUGAAAGGUUUCUUUUUCUUGAGGAUGAGUCAGUCAGUCACCUGAUGCCGAAUGUAUCCUAGCAGCAGAAGCCUGUGUAACUAGCGCUAGGAAGUAAUGGGCGCAAGAAAGAACGGAGCGCGUGAGGGAGACGCGUGUGUUCGUCGCGAGACCCGCUCUUUCUCGGAUAUUACUUUCAAGCGCCUGCUAUGUAGGCUAUAAUGGCAUUAACUGUACCUUACAAAUACAACUCAUGAUUUAAAACUGGUGCGCCGCCUCGUACAUGAAACAAACUUGAGAUGUAGCCAGAAAGAACGUACAACGUAAUCCUUACCUAUGCUUCCAAGAAAAGACACAACAUUACGUAAAGCUACGCGACAUACCAAUUAAAUUGUGAAAUAUAUACCAGUUAAAAGAUGUGAGCAGAAAGACUGGACUGGACGACGUAGAAUGGCGCAUUCGUCCGCAUUCUAGAUCUUAUAUAGUCAGUAAACGUCCCAUGAUAAUGCGCAUGGCUCCCCAGUGUGCACUCAGAAUUUUCGGGUGAAAUGUUGUCCCAUAAUACUCAAUCUUGAGAAAUUUCAUCUUAUGUUUAUCGCUGUCUUGUGUGUUGUUUAGGCGGCCGCCUACGAGGACAAGGCAAGAAGGCUAGAAAUCGACCUAGAGACUGCGCAAAAAGAAAACCAAGUGAUUAAUCAGCAGGUAAGUGUAAUCAAGGAACACAUCUUUGAUGUCUGCACAGAGAAUGGACGAAGACUAUCUAAGAGAUCUUUCUGAAAUCCAGGGUGUCCAGCAUAUGAUUUUUAUGAAGAAAAUCUAUGAUUUCCAAAACUAGGGCGUCAGGCUCCAUCGGGCGCUGCUGGAGCACAUCUUUGUCUAAAACUGAAUUUCAUGUUUUGAAUUUUCUUUCAGUUUAACGAGCAGCUUGAAAGCGCAAGGGAAUUGGAGACUAAUCAAGCUCAAAUGAGGGGACAGAUACAAGAAGCUCAAAAACAUGUGAGUAAAACAGGAGUCCUUGUUACCCAUCUUCUUCUUAGUUAUUACCUCGUUUCGUGAUCUUAUUGCACAGAGAAACUGUAGAAAAUAUGGUUAAUUAGCAGUUAGCUAUUGACCGUUUUAAAGUUGUGCUUGUGCUAUUCGUUGCUUUGGAAAUGAAAGGGAACGUAAAAGACUUCUGGGAUCGUAACUGGGCGCGCAGGUAGCUAAUAGGGAACUUAAGCAAAGGCGUUUUUGAGCGAUGCACGUCAACCGGAAGUGAACUUUUUACAUUCCUGUGUCGCGGUUUUGCCAAAAUUUUCAGCUAAAUCGUCUCUACGAGUGUAAAGAAACUAAGCAAUACAAAUUUCGUGGCGUCAAGGCAUAUUAAGAGGGAAAAGUCCUCACUUCCGGUUGACGUGCGUCUCCAGUAAAAGUCCCGGAAGUCUUUCCGAAAGUUGACUAGCCCCAGUCUCCGUUACGUUUCUAAAGUGGCGAAUUGCGAGCUUGUGCAGAAAAUGGGGCAAAAUUUGUCCCCAAAGUACCACAGUGCAAUGGAACACAACACCGACGAAGUCUCUUGCGCAGCCUAUAAUGGCCGCAAUUGUGUUGUAGUUUGGAUACUAGGGAGCUCAAGCUGAGACGUUGUUAAGCGAUGCAAGUCAACUGGAAGUGUACUUUUUGCAUCCUUGGGCAGUGGUUUUGCCCAUAGUUUUUGGGGAAAUCGUCUCUAAAACAGCAAAUACACUAAGCAAAACAAACUUUGUUGUGUCAGCUCUUUCAUAGCUCUGAUUCUUGUGAGAUGUAAAAGGACCCGCACUGCUGUUUGUAAAGGGUAGGGAACAUAGACCCCGGUAGUGUGAUCAACCUUAAGAAAACAUUGUAUGCGUCUGUGUUUGUGUGAUGUAGCAGGUCCACAUCAGCUUUAAGCUUAAUGAUGAUGAUGAUGAUGAUCAUCAUCAUCAUCAUCAUCAUCAUCAUCAUGAUGAUCAUGAUCAUAUGACGCUGCUGAUGAUGAUGAUGAUGAUAAUUUUGUUGGCAAACUCAUUGAAUAUUCAUGUCCACUUCAGUCAACUCGCAUGACCAGAUCUCCUCAUAAAAAAUCAUUAAAUUACUUUCUCACUGAAUCUAUAAGGCCAUGUAUUUACGUAAGUGUUUCUACUUGGAUAGAUUCGCCAUUGUCAAAGUGUAAUGGAAGAGCAAGAAAGUAAAAUCUCGUCUUACAUCGAACAACAUGAAGAUCUCAAGUCCACGGUGAGUACGAGCAAUGGCAAUGGUUGCACUAUGCCUGUUUGCGCCAGUACAACGAAGGUCUUGAGGAAGUGUCGCACAACCAAAAUUACAGUCAGGGAAUCCAAGAAACCAGCCAAACUCCCUGCAUUUAAUUACAUGAUUCGAGCAUAAGCGUAGAAAAACACAUAAGACUUAGUCGUGAUAGGUGUUGGUUUUACCUGUGAUUGGUUCAGAAAACUGCAGAGGCCAGUCCGCCAAACUCGGAAUUUAAGAAAAUCCUUUCGGCAGUCAACUUUAACCACAAUAUUCCAUUUAGCAGUUUUAGAUGGAAACAAGGCUAGAUUUGACCUUGUUUUUAUACAACCCUCCCUACUUUGUAUGUAAAUUAUGUGGUUCUAUUGCUAACUAUUAUUUUUCAAGCAUAAUUUCCAAAAGAAAAGAAAAAAAUGUGUAUCAAAACAUGGUCAAUCACAACCCAACACGAAACCUGGGGUACAAAACCCACAACUGUAAAAUGAUCUAUUGUCCUGAAAGGGUCACUGUACUCAAUAUGUUAAGAUAGAGUAGAUGACCACUGUCAUUAGGGAGAUUAAGCAACGACGACGGCGACCUCAACGAGAACGGCAAAAAAUCAAUAGGAUUAGAUUGACAAAAUUCUUUUUGUACAUUUCUUUCCCGUCACUGCACGACUACAAUGUGGAAAUGCCUAAUUUCACGUGGAGGACGUGAACGCAAGAUAAUGACUUUCUUUUUCUUUUCCUGGACUUCGACGGCAGGGUGUUAGAAUUCCACUCCAGAAAAAAAUUGUCAACGUUUGACGAAUUGAACAAGAUGGAAUAAGUGCGAUUAAGUUUGAAACAGUUCGACUUCACUUUUGUGACGUUUUCGUAGCCGCCGCCGCCGUUGUUGCUUAAGCUCCCUAUUAUCGACACUUUUUUUAGAUUCGGGAUAAAGAAAAAUCUAAUGGUCAGCUAAGGGAGGAGCUUGGUGGAGUGCUAGAGAAAAAUAAGAACAUUAUGGAAGAGGUAGUGUAUAUAUGUGUUCCAUUUAUUUCCUUCGUUAAUUGUUUUUCUUCAGAACAAAAAACUGAAAUUUUUUAAUUUUUAACAUUGUAAUCCCAUGCUAAGAAUACCCUUUUUAUAUCCCAGAUUGCAGCGCGAGAUGCGGACAUCCGGGUUCUUAGAACAGACUUGAACUCGGCGCAGAAGAAAAUUAAAAACCAUUCAAAUGAGGUAACGUGCACAGAUUACUUACUUAUUGUCAAAUGACUGCUAGGCCAUUUAGUUUUAGAUGCUAUCUGACUCGUACUUCAUUCUUGCUCAGGUAAAACGUUACGAGGAGACCCUUCAUCAAUUUCAGAAAGAUUUAGAAAGAGCACAAGAAAAUCACAGAAACGCCACCGUACAGGUAUGUUAAGCUUUUCUGGUUUUAUGCGAAGUGUCGUAGGGUUACCAUACUUUUUUUUAUGUUACGUUUGGUCAGAAAGAAUAAGGGAUAGAGAGGGCAACGCCCAGGCUAGCCCUCGGGAUAUUUGAAUUUCACCAAAACUAUUUUUAGACCAAUUAAUCGCUUGAAAUAAAUCGGAAGUUGGUUUCUAGACAGGUCCGCAAAUUUUUGUCGAGUGUUGUCAAGAGAGAAUUCAACAGUCGCCAUUAAAAUAUUCUGCAUUGUUUACUUAGAGACAAUCGCGCAUGGACUUGAUAACUUGUCAAACAAUCAAUUAAAAUUUGCGCACGUCUCCGGAAGUAUUCUUCUGUUUAAUUACAACUUUUAACUUCUCUUAUACCGGUGUGGUACGUGCUCUGCGUCCGUCUUUGUUGUCGUUGUUGUUUUUGUGUUUGUUUGUUUGUUUGUUUGUUAUUUUCUGGAUCCGAGUUUGUGAAGGCGGUAUACAUUUUCUUUAUUUUCGUAUGAAACCGUCUAUAACCCUGAGUGACAACCUGGGUUGAAGAUUUUAACCCAAGCAUUUAGUGGGUAUUUGAAUGUCAAUUCCCACUCAUUUUUUCUUGUUGUAACUCAAUUCUGCCCUUUCGCAGAUUGGAAACCUCGAAAAGAACGUACAGAAUCUGAAAGUGCAGUUGGCCGGUGCCAAUGGAAAUCACAAAGAAGCCAUGGAUCAGGUUAUUAACUGCCGAGUUUUUUUGUUUUCCUGAAGAUAAUACUAAGAAAAUGUGGUAGAAAAGUUUAGCCAUUUAAGAGUAUAAAAGCACUUAGAGACUUAAGCUGAAGUUCUUUUUUGUUUCUCUACAAUGGCCACUUUCUUCUGUCCCCAAGGUGGCCGUUGUAGAGAUGUUUGACUGUAGUUGUUGUUGUGUUGUGUUUUUGUUUUUGGUAUACGGACGUAAUCACGGUUUUGGAAGCCAUCGUGACGGGUACGCAACCGCGUGAGAAAAUUGCAGUAUUUGUUUGAGAAUCUAAUGUCGAAUAAUUUUCGUAAAAGAGCUGUUCUGAAAGAAAUAUGAAUUGUAAACUAAAGCUUCAUUCCUAAGGAUUCUAUUGAUAAACUUCGGCGCGUUACCUGCGCUAGAACCACAUUUUAAAAUUUUCUAUACAUUUUGUGUAAUUUUUUUUCCUGCCGACUAAACUUUCCCGGGAAAUAAUUCCAGAGAGAAAAUCUAAAGCAAGUGACUGGACAAAUCUAAGCACAGGUACGGCCCCAAGAUUUGUUGGUAGAAUCCUUUGCUGUACAGCUUUAGUUUACAGUUUCUACUUUCUUCAGAACAGCCAUUUUACGAAAAUUACACGACAUUAAAUUCUCAUACAAACAAUAUAAUUUCGCACGCGGUUUCCUAGCGACAAGAUGGCUUCCAAAACCGUGAUAAGGUCUUUUGUUUUUGUUUUGUUUUCUAGCCUCUGCGUUCUUGUUUUUUGCUUUUUGACUCUUCUCUCUUUAUCUCAGUUGUCUCAGCGCUCUAAAAGCCUGGCAAAUACCAAGAUGGAGUUAGCAACCACAAAACAACAGAACCAGGCUAUGGAAGAACAGGUAUGACUAUAACUGGAGCACUGUUUAGGAGGCUCUUGAAGAGAUCGCCUUUGUAAAGCGCAAUGUCAUAUAGUAAGGUGGUUUGAUUCAUUUCUGUCAUUUUGAUUUCUAAACCAAUCAAGUAAUUAAAUCCAUGCUUUUUUGUAACAUUGGAUUUGGUGUUACGUCGAGGCUCAGAAUUUGCUCCAAUGAGGAUGAAAAGAAAGUUAGUUAAAGGAGCUGUGUCACGAAAUUCAGCCAAAUUAGGUAAUUACAAAAUGCCCGUUUAAUUAAGAGAAACGUAAAAAUAACCGCUUAAAACAUUAAAGGAAGGUUAAAAUAACACAACAGAAACAACAGAUGCCACGGAUGGGAAAACUGAAGAAGAUUGAAACGGAUUGAAAUUACGGUUUUUGAAAACUGUUCAGCCUAACAGUUUUUCAAAGUUGAUCCCUGCUGCUUGCAACUUAAGAAAUAAUCCUCAGGAGACAUAUUUGUUUGCCUGUUUUGUCAUUGUCGCUAAGUUCCAUAGCGAUUGAGGUCGAGUAAUUGGCAAAAUUAAACAAAAUGAACUGGGCUGCCGUGACACAGCCCCUUUAAUAGACUUGUCAUUCUGGCAAGCUGUAGCUCGCAUGUACUAGUUUAAAUUUCAACUAGCCCAAAAAAUUGAUGAGCAUUUAUUACAGUUCUUCUGUAACUUGAAUUCUCCCUAAAAAUUUUUCUUAGCUUGCCCGUCGGGCACACUGUCUAAUUUUGGGCAGACUUUAUCGUAAGGCCAGUCUACAAAAUCCGUGUCUUAUUCUUCUAUUCAUCGCUUCAGCUGCACAUUUAACAAUGUUUACUUGCUUUCCUUUCUCUCCGUUUCAUAGAUUUUAGCGCUGGAGGAGAAAGUCAGAAAGUUAAAGACGGAUCUUAAAAGGGCUCAGGACAAAACAAAAUAUUCAGAAGGGGAAGUAAGUUGGAAGAAACUAAGAUAUCGAGUCUUGUUUGUUAAUAGAGACCUUUAACUCACAUCUCGUCUGCGUAGUUGUCUUUCUCCUUGAAUCUAAAGUUUUUUUGCGUUUUCUCAAAAAACAAACACGCCGGAAAGCUUCAGUGUUAUUUUUUGUUUUGUUUUGUUUUUUUCAUUACUAGAAAAGUUAGCAGCGCUAUCCUUACUGAAGAAGGGUAAGACCUCUCCCCGUCGCAAAAUGAUGAAACAUUUGAUAACUUGUUUCUUCCACCAAAACUCGUAGUAGAAUGACGCCGACUAUCACGUUUUCCCGCCAAAAUGAUGUUGGCUCACACCGUUCACACGCGAGCACUACUUAGUAUUGAGAAAAUGUCGUACUCGUAGUCGUCUCGUCUGAGAAUCUAAAGGUCUCUUUGUUCGUUGACGUCAUUCACUCCACUUUCCUUCCAUCUAUUCAGUAUUUGUUUAUUCAUUUUUUUUUCUUCGUUUCGCCUUGUUACUUCUUUCAGAUUCAACAAUAUUCCAGGAACAUGGACGAACUUAAAAGUCAGUUAGGCCUUUCUCAAGACAAACUUCGUAAACAAGCUCAAGACGCGACAAGGAGAGACGAGCAGUUAGUUGUUCUUAAAGUCGAACUGGCGACUUUGCAGGAAAAACAUCGGCUUAUACAAGAAGAGGUAUUUGUGAAGUGUCUAAUAUGUCUUUUUUUUCCUGUUGCAUUUCUCAAAGUCAUUAACACAGUCCACUUUCUCGGUAUAGGAUCAGUAUAAGAUUAUGGGCAACUCCCCACCUACCUGUCCCUUAAACUAAAGUCAACUGCAAUAACUUCUUGCCUAAAAAAAAAAAUUGGCUUAGAGGAGGCACACAUGUCCAAUAUACACAAACGGAUACGAUUCGUCAAACUGAUGGUCCGUUGGUACCAAUGGUUCGAUUGGUACCAAUAGAAAAGCACCCUAUUCCAAUGGUUCCGUUGGUGCAUGUGCAUCUAAUUAAGGGGACUUAGAUUAUUUUCCCAUGUGACCCGGUUGGGUACAGGGCAAUUCCAAUGGUCCAUUGGUACCAAUGGUACGAUUGGUACCAAUGGAAAAGCACCCUAUUCCAAUGGUUCUAUUGGUGAAUAUACAUCUCAUUAAGGGGACUUAGAUUAUUUUCCCAUGUGACCUGGUUGGGUACAGGGCAAUUCCGAUGGUCCAUUGGUACCAAUGGUGCAAUUGGUACCAAUGGAAAAUGAUGCCAUUCCAAUGGUUCUAUUGGUGCAAAACAAGUUCACUUUUACACCAAGUGAAAACGCGCUAAUAAUUAUUAUGAACGUUCCUCGUUCUAUAAGAAAACCACGCAAAACAAGUUCGCUUUUACAUCAAGUAAAAGCGCGCUAUAAUUCUUAUAUGAAUAUUCCUCGUUCUAUAUCCCAAUCACGCAAAACAAGUUCGCUUUUACACCAAGUAAAAGCGCGCUAUGAUUCUUAUGAAUAUUCCUCGUUCUAUAAGCCAACCAUGCAAAACAAGUUCGCUUUUACACCAAGUAAAAACGUGCUAAUAAUAAUGAAUAUUCCUCGUUCUAUAAGACAACCACGCAAAACAAGUUCGUUUUUACACCAAGUAAAAACGCGCUAAUUAUUAUGAAUAUUCCUCGUUCUAUCAGCCAACCACACGAAACAAGUUCGCUUUUACACCAAGUAAAAACGCGCUAAUAAUUAUUAUGAAUAUUCCUCGUUCUAUAAGCCAACGUACCAUGCAAAACAAGUUCGCUUUUACACUAAGUAAAAACGCGCUAAUAAUUAUUAUGAAUAUUCCUCGUUCUAUAAGCCAACCACGCAAAACAAGUUCGCUUUUACACUAAGUAAAAACGCGCUAAUAAUUAUUAUGAAUAUUCCUCGUUAUGGGCAGUUUCCCAGCCACACCUCCCUGGCACUCUACAGUCUUUCUUUGACUCUCGAAAAGAAGACUCUGCACGUGUUGGCUGUUUAAGUCCUAUUUUAAACGUCAUAUGCUCAAGGCUAACCUCGUACUGGCGUAGUGUCGGCAUAAAAGUGUUGAUGCACAUGCAGAGUUGUUGUUUUGCCUAUUUAAACUUUUUUUUGACGUUCCCAUUGCCGUCACCGUCGUAAGCUAUACAUAAUCUGUAGAUGUCAAUCACCGCAGUAAACGAAUAAAAAAUCUGUCUAUUGUCAGCGUAGAGCUACAGUAAAGUUGUUAUUUGCUUUUUAGAAUGAGAAACUGAAGCAGGAACUUAUCAUCUCUCGCCAACAACAUCAAAGUUGUCUUGAAGAGGUGCGUAGAAAUAGAUUUGUGUGUAAGUUUGUGUAAUACGUCUCUACCCCAUCUCCAGCGGUGUUCUCGGCAGAGCAAUAUAAAUAAAGUAAUUGACCCACCCCAAAACAAAAUCUUACUCCCAAAAGAACUUUGGGUGCAAUCAUCUUUAGGAAUCGCCGAACCGAUUGCAAGCAGUACAUAUAUAAAAAAGAAACAUGCUCCUAGCAGCAGGUACAAAUUUGGAGGUAUACGCCAUCCUGAAAAAAGACCCUACCGCGCGAAACAUGUCUUUUUGCACCACAUCCCAUUGAUAAAAUUUUGUGAGAGGUUGUUGCAAUGACCUCGCACCAGAAUGGCAAUAACGAGCACUUCAGAAAUCAGCUCUUGCUUCCGAAUGAGAGGAAUCGAUACUUGAUUCAACGAUGAUCUCGUUGAUAAUUUUGUCUCCUUUAAUACAUGUUAGGUCCAAACUCUUCGUAUAUCUUUGGAGGACGCUCGUGCCAAUGGCGAUCGGCUGCAUCGAGAAAGUGAACUUGUUGUAGAGAACGUGAACAGCUGGGUGAAAGAGCAAAAGUGAGUAUUAUCAGCUGAUUAUUGUGAUUUCAAAGUUGGUUAGAAUGCCAUUUGCUGAUUAACACUGUUUUCAUGUCAUUUUUAGGCAGGGAAACGAAAGGCUUGCUACCAGAUUAAGGUAUGUAACUUUCAGUUGUAGAUAGGUAUAGUUGACCUUUCAAACGAUCUAUAGACCAUUUUACAGUAGAGAGCUUAGUAACCUAGCCUUCGAGUGAAUGUGAGGCUGAGGUUGACCUUGUUUUGAUACAAACCUUUGUUUUCUUAUGCAAAUCAUGCUUGAAAAAUACUAGUAAGCAUAAGAACAUUAUUUUUUUGAGAUAGAAGCAACGGUUGUAUUAAAACAAGGUCAACUCCAGCCUCGUUUCUAUCUAUAACUGUAAAAUGGCCUAUUGACUGAUCGACCGACUGAUUGAUUGAUUGAUUGAUUGAUUGAUUGAUUGACCGACUGAUUGAUUGAUUGAUUGAUUGAUUGACUGAUGGACUGAUUGAUUGAUUGAUUGAGUGAGUGACAGAUUGAUUGAUUGAUUGAUUGAUUGAAAGGUUAAUUGAUUGAUUGAUUGAUUGAUUGAUCGAUUGAUUGAUCAUCAAACGUGAUCUGUUAUGAAGAAAAGUUGAGAACAUUAUUCCAGGUACAUUUGGAUAUGCGAGACUGAAAAUUCUUACUUUUUUUCAUAGAGAGCAAGAUGCGCGAAUUACAGCCCUUCAAUCAGAAAAGGAGUACGUACCUUUCGUUUUGUUUUGCUUCGAAAUUUUGAUAAACAAUCAAAUCUUAUCAAGUAUGCAACUAACUGGACAUAACGAUGCUCUAGAGAAGAAUGCUCUAAGAAGAAAGAACAGGCAGUUCAGAAAUCGAAUUGUUCUUUGUUGAAACGUUUUAAAUCCUAUCAUGUUUCCUAACUUUUGCCGCCCUAAACAUGUUUACCUUUUUUUUUGUGUUUUUUCCCUUUCAAUAGUGAGCGUUUCUACGAUGAAUUUUUCUGGACCAACUGCACCUUCCUACAAUUCGUGUCAUGUCAUCAAAUCAUGUUCAUCAGAUUUAGUGCGAUUCGAUUGAACAAUAUUUUGUCGUAAUACUUAAUGAACAUUACUUUGCUGUCGUAACUGCAGGAAAAACGUUCUGUAAAUAAUGAAGUCGCUUUAUACAAAGUGGUAACUAAAAAGUUUUGUUUUCCUCCAAUUAGACGCCUUGAAGAAUCAGCAGGGACUGUAAAGAAAGAAAACACUGUUAUUAAAACAGAACUAGGUAAGUAAAAAAAUUACUUAGUGUUUCGGCAACACCUAGACUCUUGUCACUUUCAUUGUUGUUUUCAUUAAGUUACUGAAAGUGAAAAUAGAAGGGAACCUCAUUUGACGACGUCUUUAUUUGGUUAAAUUUUUACAGAGGAACGAAGAAUGGAUAGUGAGCGACUCAAGGUAAGUUUUAACUUACUUUUUUCUCAGCACUGUCAUAUUCUCCCUUCAUUGGAUCUCCUUAUAAUUAAGAGUUUACUGCGGAUUUAGUUACCUCGGCUAGAGGAUUGUGGGAUACUAUUGAGGUACUCCAUUUAAAAGUUUUCCUCUACCAACUUACACUUAAGCCAAGGGCGCUUUCCAUUUGUCAGAACUGACCGGGCAGGCCAUUCCCCUCGUAAUGAGAAUUUCACUUUUUAUCAAAGCUAUCCAGCCAGAUCAGUCAAAUCCUAAAUAGUACGCACGAAUAAAAUCUUUUUUCAUCAAGAACUCUUGGAAAAAGCGUAUUUCAUUUCCAAAUGACCGGUCCGGCCAUGGUCCGGCCGGCCAGUUCUGAAUUUUGCAAAGCGUAAGUCAUGUCAAGUCAAGCGUACCCACGUAAGGAACAGGUAUGCAAGGACAGAUAAUUAUACAGACCUAGCCUCCUACUUCUAAUAGUUCCUCUGAUGUAAUAAUGCUACAUAUAAACUUCAUUGUUGCAAAGACAAUUCAAUUUAAUAGCAUGUAGGUAUCCUAUUAUUCUUUCGACGCGUAUGAUAUUUUGUUACUACUCAUGAUACAUUAUCAUUAUAAUAUGUGGUUAACGGUCUUUCAGAUUAUUAUCAAUACAUAGUUAUUUUGUUUUCUGUCAAAAAGAAAUUAUCGCGUAUGCUGAAGAAUCUUUUAGAACAUUUAAGUUUUUAUUUACGGCGCUUUAAAACGCAUUGCAAAUUUUUUGAUUUACACUCCAAUCAACUAGAAGAUAAUUAACAUCAAAUUAUCUCAGAGAUUCUUUGAUUUUCCUAGUGAAAAAAACUGAUGAUACGACGUUUUUCAGAUGACAAAUAAACGAAAAGUACAUGGAAACGUGGAAUGUAUUUCCGUCAAAAACCCGUUUUUUUCAUAGUUUAAAGCCUGUCCACCUGCACGCCGUAAUUUUAUGUUUGGUCAAAUUCAUUUUAACUUAAUAAACGCCUAUACAAUCUCAUUAACGCGGACCGCUUGAUUUAAACAUUAAACAUUUAAGCGUCUCAGUUUUUGUUUAAUGACAGAUGAUAAUUAUUUUUUAAAACUAUUGUAGCUUGUUAGUUGCAUGGAUGUGGGGAAAUUGUGCGUGACAACGGCCACUCGUAUUAAUUAACGGACAGAACAUAUCCUUCUCUACAAGCGAUAACAUAGGUGCAAGAUUAUUGCUUUCGUACAGUGCUCUACACAAUUCCAGACUACGUAUUUUCGGAAACAUUUUUUACAUUUGUAUAUCUAAAAAGUUCGCUGCCAUCUAAAGUUUCCAAACUUUCCUUGCCAAAAGAUUUUGAAACAGGUGCGUUUUUGAAAAAGAAAAGAAUUCUUUGCAAUUUUACAUUCCAAGAUGUCGGAGUGUGGUGAUUCGGACUCCGUGCACAGUGGAGACAGUUCAGUUCUUCUGUGUAUCGGCACGCCUCUCCUCGGCUCCUUAACAAACUUGGACGGCUUUGGAAAAAUUCGCGGAGGUUGCACCAAUCCUCUUCAUAACUGUUCGUGCUACGUACGUUUUGAGCAUCAACUCAGUUACGCUUGUCUCAAUUGUCAGGGGCUUUGCCCUGCGUUUUCGCAUGUAAGUUGAAAUGGCAAAUUCUUUUUUUCUUCUUAUUUUUUUCAUUUCUCUUCUUAACUUUCGCUAUAAACAAGAAGAAUCCCACUUCACUCUUAUGAACUCUUAACUUGGAGUCUCGACCUGACGCCCACUCGGUGUGUGAGAAAAAAUAAUAGUCUUUUCAUUCGCUUUCGUUUUUACUUCCUGAGUCGCUAAGCUCAUGAUUUCAGGUUGUAGUUUAGCAUAAAAAAAGUUAAAAUAAUUAUAAAUGGAUAGUAUACUUGACAAUUAUUGGUGAGGCUGAACAUCAUCUGAAGAUAUCUCGGAGGGUGUAAUUGGCCUCGGCGGAUAACACCCUCCGAGAUCUCCAUAAUUCUUCAGAUGAUACUCAACCUCAUCCAAUAACUGUUAAUUAUACAGAUUUCCUCAUGUAAGGGAAAGAGCUGAUGCUUGCGCACUUUAAAGAGAUUUAUUGCAUUUAACCGCUUUUUUUACAGUCCUGAGUUUGCACUACCGCGGCUAGCUUUGUGGAAGUUGAUAAACGUAUGUAGGUUAUUUUUUACUUGUUUAAAUCCUCAGGCUUUGCAGUCGCAUUCAGCUCAGCAACAAGUGCUUCUUCAUCAACUUCGCAACCGCUUACAAGACUACGAGUGAGUUCUUUUGAUUUUAUGCAUGUAAUAGUUAUAUGUAGUUUUUUACCAGUUUCGAGUCUGUGUUCUGCCUUGUUUAUAUUGCUUCACAUUUUUUUUUGGCUCCCAAGUUGAUAUUUUCAAAUUAAGGCAAUGUGCUGUUGUUCAGCUUUUAUUCGAUUUUUUUCCUUGUCUGCCAUUAACAAGUUUUUUUACUUACUUUCUCUCUUGCUCGCUUUAUUAGUCUUCCACUCUCGUACAAUUUCCUUGCUUGCUGGGUCGGCCAUAAGCUCGUUCAUUCGCUUUAAACUUGUCAGUUUUAAUUAUUAUUUAUUUAUCUAGUUAUUGUACUCAUUGUUUUUUGCACUGAAGAAACGACCAGAACACAGAGGCAAUGAGCAAAGCACACGCAAUAGAAGAACUUCACAGCCGAUUAAAAACUAACGUGGAAAGCAUUCAACAACUCAAUCAACAGGUACGGCUCGGCUUUUAACAAAUACUUUAUAAUAAUGUGCCUUAAUCGACCAGGAAUUAACCGACCUUCGCUUUGACUAUUCAGGCGUUUUGUUUAUUCUACUUAUUCUUGUUUAUUGGUUCGUUCUGCUACGAUUUUAUGAAGUUCAAAUUUGUUCACUAUUUAGCAUGCUCCCAGAAAAAAGGAAGAAAAUUUAAAGUCAUCAACACUCUUGACUUUUCCCGCGUUUUUUCCAACCUCUCUCAAGCAUUUUCACCUUCGUUUCUUCUCUCGUACAAAGAACGAGGUUUCGCAGACUUAGCUGUUUUCUCGUAUAUUUUAUUUGAUAUCGUCGCAGUUUGCGCUGAAUCUUUAAUUAGCCUAUACGCACUUACAACUUUGUUCUUAAAGAAAUCUUUUCCAGUUCAGAGUUCCUCGGAUAAGUGAAACAAAACCAUCGCAGUAGCAACCUUCUUUUAACGUUAUUUUCCCACACAUCAUGAUUUCUUUCCAUUUUGACAGCUUAACACUUUAAAUAAAGAAAAUCUCCGACAAAGACACAUAAUCGAUAGAGAAGCAACAGCGAGAAAGGUUAGUGUACAACGUCGAUGUGCUAAUCGACUCUUUAGCUUGUAUGUUUUGUGUUCCCAACUAACUCCUUACCCUAAACUUCUAGAAUUUUCUGUUAAUAAUUCCAUGAAAGAAAAUGUUUUCGUAUUUCCUUUUUAUCAUCAGAGUCUUCAACUUCAGCUGGAGACACGUGAUCAAACGAUCAUGUCGCUCAAAUCUCAGCUGGAGUCUUAUAAGUUUGCUGAAUUACCUCACCGAGAUACAGACAACAUAGUAAGUAGCAUGUCACAUCACUUAUCUUAGUUUUUAUUGCACGUGCUGCUCACGUGUACAAUGUUGUCUUCACAUAGUACUAGCGAAAACUAGUGCCAGUCGCUGUCUGUUGUGUCACUACCGUGUAUUUCCGGAUGUCCAAGACUGUUUACCGUGUAGAGGGAAAAACCGGUUGGUUCGCGGUUUCAGUCAAUGGUGAACAAAAUUCAGGACCGUUUCAUUUCAUCCCGGAAUCCCGCUUACCAUUUCUACGAAUCAGUUCUAUUUACUGCGAAAAGGCCGCGAAAGCCUUAGACUGGUAUCAAAGAUAGCUUUGGAGAAAUGGAACACGAAUAUCCGUCUGGAACAUUCCUUCCGGAAAAACAAGAAUGAAUGAUGAAUGAAUGAAUGACCGAAAAAAUGACUCAAAAGUUCGUGUUCCAUAUACCUUCCAGCCGGAUUUUCCGGAAAGACGUUUUGUAAAUGGUAAACAACCAAUAUCUUCGGUAACGAUCGGGUUUAAUUUCGAUUAACUUUCAAGGCUCCUGAGAUUGCUGGUAGUCUUGCUCAGUAGAGCAGCUUUUCAGGAGGUAUCGUCGCUUCAAAUGAUCACACCUCAGUUUUGAACACUGAUUUUCCCACCAGUGGUCGGUACGUGUCACAGUGACAUCAGCCUUGCGACACAUGUUUUCUCGCUUUGGUAAUAUUAUGCGUUUUUGUCGAGCAGAAAAUGACAGGUCUCAAAAAUGCCUUGGAUUAUAGCGCGGAGAAAGGAGAAAUGGCCACUCAAUCAAUGUUAAAGUAAGCCAUUUUUAUAGUUGUGUGCUCAGUGACCUGGCCUUUGAAUUGACUCGAGGCCGAAGGGGCCUUGUUUUGUCACAAUCCUUCCUCUGUGUUUAUCACGUAUAAAUAAUCGUGUUCACAGGCUUGUUAGCAUGAGAAUAACACGAUUUGCAUAUGAAAAGCGGGCAGUUUUGUAACAAAACAAGGUCAUCCUCGGCCUCGCUUCUAUGCAAAGGCCAUGGCACUGAACACACAACAGCCAUUUGCGUGGCAGCUGCAGCUUUUCAACUGUAAGGCAUGUCUUUUUGUCCUCAGAUGGAUGUAUAUGGACUGAAUGACUCGGCGUACUUUUCACUAGACAAAGGACUGUAAGUAAGAAUUAAAUGAUUUAAUUUUACCACUGUGACUUUCCUUUACUCACGGCGUUUUGUUUCUUUUUUUUCAGGCAAAAGUCUGCUCAAAAGGAUAAGGUAAUGUCUACUUAGUUUUCUUGUUUUGCUUGCUUUGUUGGACGCCACUACAGCUUCUGAAUCAGAAAACGCAUCAUUACAUUUAGAGUUCGAUAUGCUUAUUUGGUAGCUGUAUCAUUAUGUGGGCUUGUCCGGCAGCAGUAACUCAGGUGUAACCAUUGUCACUUGCGGAUUUCUGACUAAUGAAUUUACUAUAAUCCUUGACUUAAACGGCCAUUCAAAUACAGAACUGAACGUUCCCGUGAUAGUUUUUACGCUAGUGCAACAAAAAUUGCUUAAUAAAUCGUAAUUGUUAGGAUAAUAGCUUAAUGGAAAUAGGUUUCAGCACAGACAGGUCUUGUAAUUCUCGCAAGUUUUGUAAAUUUGGAAAAUUUUUAAUGAUUGUAUGCUUCUUGCUUAUAAUCUUAUGUUUUAUUUACUUUUGUAAGCAAAUUAUAAUUCCGUUUUUCGGUAGAAUAUGCUUAAUAAAGUAUAUUGUCUUACUGUUUUUUUUUUUUUUUUUUUUUUCAUCUUUUUUAUGAAGGUGAGGUCCAUAAUGAGGAAGGAAAUGGAUAAGGCUGGCGUUAAAGAUCCUCAGGUUCUGGACAAGUCCUACUGGAUACAACGUGUCGGUGAGGUAUGCUGUGUCACCGAGCAAGCCCUCCCCCUAACGUAGCUUAAAAAAAGCCUUCAAGGGUGGCGAAAAUAAGCUCUCUUCCACUUGAGACUUGAAUACUUGAUUUUGAACUUUAAGUAUCUGUUAAUAGAUGGAAGCGACGUUUCAGUUCGCAUUUGCAAGCUCGAGUCAUUUCGUACCAGCUAAGACUGGUCAUACGUUUACCGCACGGACAUCGCCUUUUUGCGCAAGUCAUAUUUUAUCAGACAGACGCAAAUGUUAAAGCCAGUCAACGAACUCUCCUUCCGUGUUUUAAUGCAGCUUAAUGAAUUGACUCGGUGCUGCCGUACCUCGAGACAAUUUCUACGGGUCAGCGGUAGUACCGUAUUUCGAGUAGGCGCUAUGUGGGGUGGCCUUUCAUUGUUUCAGGGACCAAUCUCCAGACGAAGGCCUCGUUUCUGUUUCGAUUUUUUUUACCUCGUUUGUUUAUUAAACAGAGCAAGCAGCAUUGACCAUUAAUAAUACAAUAUUUUUUUAUGUUCUCAUUUUCUUUAGCUUUCGAUUCAGCUUCAACAGAGUAGCGAGUACUGGGCGCAGAAAGUAAGAGAUUUAACUACACAGAUGGAUGGUCAAAAAACAUAAAAAACAAUUUGGUAAAGCCUCUAGAGCAACAUUUUAUAAUUUAUAUAGUACGGAGUCAUUAGCGGAUUAAAUAUCGCAUGAUGUAUCUCUUUUUCUUUGCCUUCAGUUGGAUCUUACAACCCAUAUAAUAAGAGAUGAACGGUUUAGCUGAAAAUAAGAAUGGUCUUUUUAGGAUUGUUAUUUUAUUCUUCGCCACAGUUAGUAAUAUUAGGAAAUGAAUAUGACAAUAUAUUUAGUAAGAGUGUCAACUGAUUCUUCCUUGCUUUUUUUAUAGGCCUUUUCCGAGUGGCCCCAAGCCUCUGUUUCAAAGAGAGGCUAAGUGUGAAGCUAUUAAUAUGAAAUUGAUUUUCUAUUCUCAAUCAAAUAAAACUCAUUUCACAAGAAAGGUUUUGCACUUAGCCUCAUUUUGAAAGUGAGAGUUUUUGGAACUCUGGAAUGGCCUCUUCUAAUACUUACAGUGAGCUAUAACCCUUUCGAAAUUUUCUUUUAUAUUUUAUUUUUAUGAAACUAAUCAAGUAAGUUGUCUCUUCAAAGCCAAAUUUUAUUUUACAGUGGGAAAAUAAUAUAUUUCAUCGUUAUGUUUUAAGAGCAUUUUUUAGUUUCUUGCGAAGAGAACGCAAAUUUAUAUUU